AUGGAUUGGACUAAUGAUGUUGUAUUGAGAUUUUUGGAAUUAUACCAAAUGCAUCCGUGCAUUUGGGAUCCCCGAAACGUAGCCCACAAAAACAAAACGAAAGUGGACGACGCGUGGUGUGUUAUAAAGAAGGAAUUGGGAUUUCCAGGGACUAUAAAGGAAUUAAAAAGGAAAAGAGAGUCAUUAAUGUCAGCAUACAGGGGAUAUAAGACUAAAAUUAAGAAAUCUGUGACAAAUUCUGGUUCUUCCGAUGUUUAUAGACCUACAUGGUUUGCAUUUGAUUUUAUGGAUAGUUUUCUAGCACCAGUGUAUACAUGCAAGCCACCUCUAAAUACUGAGGUAACAAUGACAACAGCCAGAAAACAGCAGAAUCCAUCUGAACUUGAACAAGUUAAAAACCAAAUGGAUAAAGCAUUUAAGAUUAUCGAAACAGCGUCACAAAGACAGUUAGAUGAUGAUGAUGAAUGCAAUAUCUUCGGGAAACUGAUUUCAAAGAAGCUGCGUAGAUUACCAGUUGAUAAACGAGACUUGAUGAUGAGAAGAAUUAAUAAUAUGAUUUAUGAGGAAAUCAUCAAUAUGGAAGAUGAUGAUGAUGGAGCAAUUUCAUCACCAAUGCGGUCAUACCCAAGUAGAAAAGCUAUAAAAGUUGAAGAUGAGAAUUAUUUGACUUUUGACGUAAAAUCCCCACUUUCAGCAAAUGAAGAUCAUGACAAUGACUUCUAA